GUCUGUUUUAAUACGCUUAUCCCAUACUCUGGGGUACAGAGAUGGUGCCAAAUUUGUUUGAUAGAAGUAUCCAUACGUUUAGAUCACUCAUCAUUAUGAAUAUUGUUCAUGGAACAGUAUCAUUCUACUUAUUUACUCAUCUAGUAAAUGGAAUGCUGUGAUGUCAUUCUAUGCGUGUUUGAAUUAUGACCUCCAAUUCACAGUUCUAGAUUCUGUCUUCCUUAGCAACCUCAUAAAAUUUUUACUGUGGACUUUUAAGAGGCCAAUUUUUCUUCUGUAGGUUGCUAAAGGAAACGUCGGUUCAAGUACAGGUUCCCUCCGUGUUUGACGAGGUAUUCCGAGAGCUACAUGUUUCGACAAUCCAGUCUCCUCAUUCGUACAAAAGGGGAUAGAUCCGGAAGGCCAAAUGUAAAAACUCUUUGGCCGACAAAAGACGAGGACACUCUGUGGCAUCCCGCUUGUGGCGCAUGUUGAAGCAGUCUUUGAUCGUGCUCUUGAGAGUAAGAGAUCACUGUACCAGAGACGAAGAAUGUCCUUCGCACAGUCCGAAGGGACAUUGUCCGAAACCAGCUAAAGCAUCUCCGAGAACGACCAGUUAUUCCACCAGUUUCCGGUAGGUUGAUUGUCCGAAUCGAGGGGUUCGAAUAUUACGGAAACAAGGAGUUGCCACACUCAUCGCUAAGUAGUUCAGGAGUAACUUGCAAUUGGCUCUAAUCUAGAUUGCACGAGUCCUUGUGCUAUACCUAACUGUGCCGUAACGAAGACUCAUACGAAGAAAUUCAACCAAUACCAAUUUACUUCACAAAGCGCGAGCUUUCAGAAGCGCGGGUAUUUUAUAAUCCUCGUCAUCGAAAGGCACGACCAGGGACUAGGGCGCUAACACGCGCUAACAAUUUAGGAUGACAAUAACAAUUUCUUCAAAGUUUCAGAUUGAAUGCAUUCACCUUUCCCUGAGCGGACCCACAUUUAGACCAGAUACGGCCCUCAAUCCUCUGAUUAAAAAACAGUCAACCAGAAAUCUGCAAGACAAAUCAACGCGGGUGUUCCAGUCCAGCUUCUUUCUCUGCACACUCAACGAUAAUCGAACAGAAGGACAGGGAAAAUCCGAAUCGCACGAAUGCGGACGCAACGAUCCGACAAAGAUGCUUUUCAUAGGAACUAGAAGCAAGGGGCAAAAGUGCGUCGACGUCCAAACAGGCUAAAUCCUCAACCACCAAUAGCAAGAAGAGCACAUUAGAUUACACCUCCAGAAGCAACUUCGAGAGAAGAACAACAAAGAAAGCCCAAGACACUCCCGUCUC